CAAACGCCAUCCUUUCACAAUAGAAAGCGCCAAGUCAGUACAGCAGCUGAUUGACAGUAUGGCCCCUUCAACAGCUUCUAGAACAACAUCAAAGAAGUCCGGCAAGGAAAAUAUGGUCCCAUCUCGUGCGAAAGGAAAGGCUGUCGCAGAAGAAGAUGUAAGAGACGGAAGUUUUACUGAGAUGUCCGAUGAUGAAGAACCCAAAAAGUCGGCGACCAAAUCCAAAGGAAAGAGACCAUUAUUACAGGAAAGCGAAUCCAACGAAGAAGGCGUGAAGGAGCUGAAGAAAAGACUAGCGAACAUGACAAGCGAACGAGACAGGAUACAGUCUCAAAGUGACAAAUUCUCUAAGCAGUUUGAAGAAUUGUCAAAACUUCGAUCGACGGACGCAGAAGCCUUGUUGAAGAAAUACAAGGAAAAGACUGAGAUUCAAGCUAAAGCUCAAAACGACAUCAUUGCCAGCCAAACUGCUCUGACGGAGAAGCUUCAAGCGAAGGUUCAGUCUUUGGAGAAAUCAUUGGCAGCCGCUCGGGAAGCAGCCAUCCCGGUUGAGUCUAAUGCCAAGCCCGAUCCUAAAGAAAUACGAGCUUUAAAGGAGGAGAUGGCAAAAAUGAAGUCGGAGAUCAAUGCCAAGGACGAACGAAUUGUAAACCUUGAACGCGAGUACAAAGCCGAGGUCGAGCACUCUCGCUCACUACAAGCUUCCUCUAAAAACCCAUCAUCAGCGCCGGCGUCAAGUUCUGUCAAUCAAACUGCUGAAGAGGCUGAAAAGGACCAUGCCAGCUUGGCGCUUUACGAACAACUCAGUCUGAUGAACAUAGUCAACGUCAAGAUCAAGGACUCGAGAUUUGGGAAGGAAAGGACGUUCAAUUGUGUCAUGUGCGUUAACGGCAAAAGUCUUAACUUCAAGCUUCGUUGUUACACUGAGGUCGACAAGAAACAAGACAGGUCAAAUCCGGACUAUCCCUACAUCAAAGUCGCUCACUACACACCCGAAUUGCUCCAAAACGAAAGCGAAGAGUUCGUGGAGAAGCUCGAGUACUUUGCUAGAGAAUUCACUGUGCCGCGAAGGGAAUUGGGUGGAUUUUUCGCCGAGCUUCGCUCCAAGAUGGCAGACGAUGAGGAGUAAAUAAUCGUGUGGUGGACAGGCUGGAGGUUUUUCUGGGAGAUUCGUGUGCUAGAGUCUUGUAUGUCUUCUUGAAUGUAUCAUAAUGUGCUUCAGG